AUGACAGCGUGUAAUACGACAACAACAACUAUUCAACCUAACGAUAGUGAAAAAGUCUUUUAUAGUGAUCUUGAUAAAUAUAUAGAUUCAUUAAGUGUUAAAUUUCGAGAAAAAAGUGUCAUAAAGAAGAAAGUUUGUGAGGAUAAUGUGCAAGCAUUAUUAUUACAAAAAGGACGUCCUCGCCAUCCUCAAAGUCAAGGUUGUAUCGAACGAGCAAAUGGUGUACUUUGUGAUGCUCUUGGAAAAUGGUUGGCAACAAACAACUCCAUUCACUGGUCAGAAGGUCUUUUACCUGUGGUCUAUGGAAUUAAUACAAGAGUUUCGUGUGUCACAAAGAAAACACCGUAUGAAGUCAUGUUUGGUCAGCCACCUCGCUCGGAUUCUGAGUUUUGGAAACUUGUUGAUCAAAAAAACAUUGAUGAUGAGGAUGAUUUACCAACACCAGUGGCUGAUAUGGAUGGUACAUUGUUGAUCGAAAAGACGAUACGGUUGAUCUUGUUGAUAGCGACGUAAUUCCACUUGUUGAAAAGUUAACGGACGAUGUUGUUUCUAAUUCUAUAGCUGGUCUGUUAUCACCAGAUUAUAAUACAGCAGGUUUUACUUUCACAUGUGAUAUAAAUAACUCAUUCACAAAUGAUCUUAUUUCUUUCGGUUCACCAGUAAAAAAUAGCUUUAAUUCUAAUAAUGAACAUAAUUCAAAUAGAAAUAAUUUACUGGAUUGUCUUCAAGAUGUUGAUUCGCUUUUAACAUGUUCUGAUACCGACAUUGCUUCUUCAUCUUCAACUGUACCAUAUACACAACCCGCAAUAAGUAUUUUAGAUGAAAUUACUUCUCCUAGUUUUCUUUCAUGGUCAGGUAUAAAUGUUGUAGCUUCUCAGCCAAUCACUUCUUCUUUUGAUCUUGAUUCUUCUACAACGCAAGCUUCUUC